AUGUCAUCUGCAAGAUCUGAACAUCUCAAUCUGGGCUAUCUCCCACAGCCGUCAUCCACCAGUCUGCCGCGUUCCGGCUCCUCCACGGCCAACACAUCCCCCACCGAAGCCUCUAGUGGAAGCGCUCUACGGUCUCCUUUCGGCAUACCAGGUGGUUUGAAUUCCGCUGGAAAGAUGGCCGGAAACACGCGAUCGGGGGCUGGUUCUCCAUCGCACGACCUAGGGAGUGCAAGCAGACUGUUCUCGAAGAGCAGGGCGCGAGAAAUACAGGCCCAAGAAGGGGUCCCGGUCAAUGUUUGGGGACCUCCAACCAGCGGCAAUUCGACUCCCCUACGAGAAAAUAUCCCGGAGUCUCCCACAGACGGCUUCCCUGAUUUCACACAUCUCCCGACUCCAGACAGCCUCCCGCAGGUUCAGACCAGACGCGCACGAGCAGGCACGGUCCCAUCCCGAUUCUCCCCUGGCGGAGUAACUACCAGUGGGCUGGGAGGACUGCCAUCUCUGGUAGCUAAAACAUCCCGCCCAAGUCCCUCACCAAGCCCCUUCAAGUCGCCCUCGCCCAAUCUGGGUGAUAUUUCAGACCAUAGUACAGCAAGCAAUGCAGCACUCUUAUCUCGAUUGCGAGCUGGCUCCAUGCCCCAACGACCCCAGUACUCAAACUCCACCUCGCCCUUCGGCCCCUCCGUUUUCUCUUCGAAUUGGGCCUCGGGCCGUGAACGAACAUCAACCCUCGCGAGCAUCGCCAGCCAGCCGUCGAAUGGUCCAAGCUCUCCAGCCCAGUCGUCAUUUUCUCGCGAGGGCGCGGGUGACAAUGAGAUGAGAACACUCGAUUACCUUGGUUUGGCGGAUACACCCCAACCACCUCGCGCACAGUUGGCAAAUCCGUUCCUCGCAAAUAUUGCGGACCUCAACAAGCACGCAAACAGAUUCCGCUCAUAUUCCGUCAAUGCGAAAGAGAAAUAUGAGGAGGAAGAGGACGACGAUGAUUAUGGAAGUGGCGGCUUGACGCCCUACGAGACACAACAGGCCCAGCUGCACAUGCAGCUCGCCGCGACAAACGCAGCAAUUCAGCAGCACAAUCUCGCCGUCCAAGCUUUUGCCAAUCAGGCAUCCUCAAACAGACCGAGAGCGAGGACUGCAGGGGUUUUGGAGUCUCCCGCUUCCAGACUGUUGCGAAACUAUUAUCCUACCGCUUCCCGACUGGACAACAGCAUCAACGCCUCAGAUAUACACAUGCCAGAGUCCCAGGAGUAUGAAGGGCUUCCAGAAGCUGUUGCUGCUAUGACACUGGGUCGAUCAAACAGUCGUAAUGACGGCCACCUGAACCCCGACGAUAACCUAGAAGGCCCCACAAGGGCUUUGUGGCUUGGAAGCAUCCCAUCAUCGACGACCGUGUCGACUCUGAUGGAGAUGUUCAAGUCUCACGGGCCCAUCAUCUCCGCACGCGUGCUGACCCACAAGAACUGCGGUUUCGUCAACUUUGAACGGUUGGAGAGUGCUAUUUCCGCAAAAGCCCUCAUGAACGGGAAGGAGAUCUUCCCCGGAGCAGGGCCUGUCCGGAUCAACUUCGCCAAGCCUCCUUCCCCGUCAGGUACACCAGGUCAUGAUGGAGCGUUCCCCUCCCCCAGCCCAGAUCCGUUUAUGAUGGGCGAAAAUGCCGCUGGUGGCGAUGGCAACGGGGCCACACCCGGCGUCAUUUCUCGCCCAGGAACAGCCUCAUUGAGCAUGCCCGCCCUGCGAGACAUGAAGACGGAUAUUCUCCGCAUCGUAGGAGAGUUUGGGGCAUCGUCAGAUGAUAAGACCAAGAUCACUCACAGUCUUGACCAGGCCAUCAAGUACGACAGGUUCGAAGCCGAGAUCCCACCAAUUCCAGAACCCUCCCCGAACAGGGUUCACGAUGCACCCAAGCUCCGGGAUAUCCGGAAGCGGAUUGAUAACCAGAGCUGGUCUGCAAGUGAGAUUGAAGGUAUUGCCGCUGAUAUGCUCCCUGAAAUCGCCGAGCUCUCCCCAGAUUACCUUGGGAACACGGUUGUACAAAAGCUAUUUGAGCACUGCUCUGACGAAAUGAGGGAUGCGAUGUUGGCUGAAAUUUCCCCUCAUAUGGCGGAGAUUGGCAUUCACAAGAAUGGCACAUGGGCUGCUCAGAAGAUAAUUGAUGUUUCCCACACUCCAAAGCAGAUGGGUAUGAUUGUUUCGAAUCUGCAGCCAUACACGGUUCCAUUAUUCCUAGACCAAUAUGGGAACUACGUUUUGCAAUGCUGUUUGAAGUUUGGAUCUCCAUACAACGAUUUUAUCUUUGAAGCAAUGCUUAGCCAGAUGUGGAAGAUUGCGGAAGGUCGAUAUGGUGCUAGGGCUAUGCGAGCCUGUCUUGAGAGCCACCACUCCACAAAAGACCAGCAGCGAAUGCUUGCUGCUGCCAUUGCCCUCCAUAGUGUGCAAUUGGCCACCAACGCAAACGGCGCUCUACUCCUCACCUGGUUCCUCGAUACCUGCACGUUCCCUCAACGCCGCACAGUACUUGCUCCGCAGCUUGUGCCCCAUCUGGUCCACUUGUGCACCCAUAAAGUUGCAUAUCUCACCGUGCUUAAGGUCAUCAAUCAAAAGGCCGAGCCAGGCGCACGUGAUACCAUCUACAAGGCUCUCUUUUUCUCUCCGAAUGACGAAACUCUUGAGGCAAUCCUAGCAGACCAUGCCUGUGGUGCUACGCUUAUCUUUAAGGUCCUCACGACGCCAUUCUUUGACGAAAGCAUUCGAUCCCAAGUUGUGGAACAUGUCCGAAACGUUCUUUUGCGACUAAAAGCUCAGCCAGCUCAGGGCUACAAGCGUCUCAUGGACGAAGUGGGACUCUCCACGCGCAAUGCAAGUGCUGGACCGAACCGUGAACAUGCGUCAAGCAGCCACUCGACUGAACGAACCCGGCCCAGCUCGAACCACAGCCAGAUGAAUGGGCCUGCACCUCAAUACGGCAGCCAGUUCUAUCCUGGAAUCCAGCAGCCUCAGUUUGAUGCCAACAUGGGCAUGCAACGAGCAGACAGUGUCGAUUCGAAUCUUGCAUCCUUUCCUACUUACGGCCUGCAAAAUGCGAUGUUCAAUCCUGGCAACGUCUUCGUCCCCCCUGCUAGCCUUCAGCAGUACCAACAAUCACUCCUGGCUCGUGUGGCACCACCAAUGAAUAAUUACUAUCCCAACGUGCAAUCUGGCUUUGGCUACAAUAACGCGAGUCCCUCAGCAGAGCAUUACAGAAAUCAAGGUUUACAGAACGGGAGCCCAAUCCAGCCACCGCAGUCCAACAUCAGUCCCAGCCCUAUGUUAGCUCAAAAUCAAUUUGCCCCUCCUGGACUCUUUGGUAACAUGGGGAUGGGUCUUGGCGCAUAUGGAUAUGCUGGGAUGGGCAUGCAAGGAGUGGGAUAUGGCAUGCAGCAGGAACAACCAGUCAAUGGGCGACGAGGACGGAGAUGA